AUGACGCCGGAUAUGCUGCCGACAAAAGUCCCGGUCGCACCCCGCUCGCUUUCAGAGUUCCAAAUCCUGAUCAAAGACUUGAAUAUGAAGCAUGUCGCGGCGCAAGAUGCGCACGACAUGUACACGAAAUACAUGAGGGCCGUGGCCGACAAGCAAAGGCCUGCCGACACAACCGCCUCGGCUGCCGAGCUUCAUGAGACGGCCAAAAUCGUGCUCAACCUCCCCGCACUUCACGAGAGUGAGUUUGAGUUCUCCUGCACCAUGCUGAGAGCCGCCGCAGGCCUCGGCAACGACGCCGCCGCCCUCAGCCUCGGCCGUAUCCUCCUCCGACGCACGCGCGCCAGGCAGAAUUACUUCCACUGGGACAAUCCAUGGUGGCGGCAAGCACGUGCUCGCUGCAUGGCGCUUAUAGAAGAGGGCCGCGACGCCAACGCCCUCGUUCUCAAAGGGCUGAUCCACAUGAAGCGUAACAACCCAAGGGACGACUCCCUUGCCCUCGAGGCCUUUGCGCAGGCCGAAACAGUCGGCAAGAGUGCAGACCGUUUCGAUUGGGAGCCGACGUGCCUUGAGGGCCAGGGGAACGCCCACCAACGCUUGGAUCAGAAGGAACAGGCCGAGGAGGCCUUCAGGCGGCUCGCCGACCUCGACUGUGCGGAGGGCUUCUACCACCUGGCCAGGUUGCUCCCCAGAAGCGAGUCCACCCUUGAAUGGCUCACCAAGGCGGCCGCUUCGGGGCUCAGGGAGACGUACCAGUUGCUGGUGGACGAGCACGAGAGGCUACGCAGCAUCUGCAUGAACCAGGGCAGGGAGAAGGAGGCCCGGCGGCACGAGCGAGACGCUGCAGAGUGGACGUUGAUCAUGAGGGCACAAGCGACACGGAAAAAGGAGCUUAACACAGCCACCGAGCCUAUGCGAAACCAACUGUUGUAA